AUGGCUUCAAUUGGUCGCUCGCCUAUCUCGGCAAGCCUCCUGCGUCUAGAUCAUCCUGUUCGGAGCUUGACGCUUGCCUUCUGGUUAUGGAAAGCUCUGUUGUUCAUCGCCGUCGUGGCGUGUCCAGGUCCUGGUUAUGACACCUCCACCACUCUGCUUUCCUAUCAUGAUGCUGCUUCAACACCUGAUGGUCAGGCUGGGUCUCUUCCAUGGGCGUUGAAGUUUGCACGAUGGGAUUCCAUCUAUUUUCUGCACAUCGCCGACCAGGGAUAUGUCUUUGAACAAGAGUGGGCCUUUGGCUAUCCCAGACUUCUGCGCUGGUUCAUUUUAGGUCUUCGCAUGUCUGGGGCUGAAGGCGCCCGCGGGCCGGUCAACACGGCACUCGUGGGUGUGGUGCUUUCCCACGUCGCGCACUAUCUCUCCGUUUUGGCUCUGUACCGUCUCUCGGCCAAUAUAUUCGGCCACGGCACAGCCGCCCAGAAACUCAUUUGCUUUUUGUCGGCUGCCCUGCACAUUAUCUGUCCGGCAGGGGCGUUCCUUUUAGCGCCGUAUGGCGAAUCUAUCUUCUCCCUUCUUAACCUUUCCGGCUUCUAUCUUUACACCUCGUCCCUCAUCUCCGAGCAUAAUGGAAUCACCACGUUGCGGGAUAUCCAAGUUCUCACGGCCGCUAUGCUCUUUGCCCUGGCGACAAUCGUUCGCAGCAAUGGCAUCCUGAGCGGAUUCUUGUUUGCCUAUGAUGCCUUUAUGGUGGCCUGGGCAACCCUAAUCCAAGGUCCGUCCCUGCACAAAACUCGUCGGUUGGCCGUUAUUAUCGUGGGCGGCUGCAUUGUUGCCUUGGGGAUGGCCGUACCCCAGAUCCUGGCCUACCGAUCGUAUUGCAUGUCUGGGACAGAUCUUCGGCCCUGGUGUAACUCCGCCUUGCCCAGUAUCUACGGCUGGGUUCAGGGACAUUAUUGGGACGUUGGGCUCUUCCGAUACUGGACGGUCUCGAACCUUCCUCUUUUCUUGUUGGCAGCACCGGUCCUGGUGAUUAUGUGCCAGUCAUCUCUGUGGGCACUUAAGGCCCCGUCGACUUUACGCUCGGAGUCCGGCAAUCAAUCGCCUUCUCCGGUCAGUCCGGGGUCCAUGCUGUUUCGCCUCGCUGUGCCCCAGGGUCUAUUAGCAGUCAUGGCCUUGACAAGCUAUCACGUUCAGAUCGUCAACCGGAUCUCAUCUGGAUACCCCGUGUGGUAUUGGUACCUCGUAUCUAGUGCCAUGGACAGUUUCCAAGAUCACCAGAAGGGCCGCCGUGGUCUCGUGAACGCCGCGCAAGCUAUGGUGGCCUACGCAUUAAUCCAAGGGGUUCUCUUUGGUUCUUUUUUGCCCCCAGCUUAA